CGGCAUUAUUGCCGAUGAGUCCGGACGAUAUGGACGUCAAGUUUCUACUCUUUACGUGUAAUAAUAGGGAUGUUUCCCAUAACUUAACCUAUUUGUCCGAAUCAAGCGAUUGGGUUAAUGCCGGCUAUAAUGCCAGCGCUAUCACUAGAUUUAUAGUACACGGAUGGCUUGAGCAAUACCCUGGUUCUGCUUUUAACUAUAUGGAGAUUAUGAAAGAUAUAUUUCUGAACCACUCGUGUGUAAAUGUAGUGGCAGUCGAUUGGUCUAAACCGGCCAAAGCUGUCGACUAUUUCCAGUCGGCAUAUAAUACGCGAGCCGUCGGACAAAUGAUUGGAUGCGUUAUCAACCGAUUGGCUCACGAUUUGGGAGUAAAUCCACAGGACAUUCAUUUAGUCGGUCACAGUCUGGGCGGACAUGUAGUGGGCUUUGCGGGCAAGACUGUAACCGAUCCUAAAGUGGGUCACAUCACAGCCAACGAUCCCGCGGGACCGGGAUUUACGGGACAGCCAGCGAAGAACAGACUGGCCGUCGGAGACGCCACCUUUGUUAAUGUCAUUCAUAGUAACGGCAUUCCGCCCAAUGGUGUGCCAGGACUUCAGGGUUUGGGUGAUUUGGAAGCUUUGGGAAACAUUGAUUCAUACUUUAAUGGAGCUGUGCUCAACUUGGUGCUGUGUAGUCAUGUCAGGUCUAAUAAUAUUGCUAUCAAUGACCAGUCCUACGGUCAGAGCACAGGAUGUCAGCCCAUUGGCUAUCACUGCACCUCUUAUGAUGAUUUCAUGAAUGGUCUUUGCGGUGAUUGUGGAUCCGAUGGCAAAGCCUGUCGACCAAUGGAAUUGAAUUUAGAUUAUUGGGACAAUAAAAACAAUUGGGAUAUAAUUGACACAAAUAAUAAAUUUUACAUCAAUACAGGAGACGCGCGUCAGUCUGGCUAUUGUUUGUCUCACUAUCAGAUUGUGGUAAGCAGUGGUCAAAGCACUUGUUCCGGUAGUUUAGAGAUACAGCUCUCAGAUGGAAGUAAUGUAAAGAUGUCGUUAAACAGUAAACAUGAGAUUCAAACUAAUGAUGGUAAUCAACAUUACGCUACUCUUCAUACGGUGGCCAACCCUUUGCCAAUCACUACAACCGCUACCAUUAAAUCCCAAUUCGGCACUAAUUGUAUUAUAAAUGAGAUUAAAUUUAAUUUCAUGAGUAAUAUUAAUGAAAGUUCACACAUGCCUGGAAUAUAUUUGCCCAUUUGGCGGUUAAAGGAGACGAGCUGUUAACUAAAGUGCCCAUAAAAACGCAAUCAGACUAUUGUUUUGGCAGAUAUGCCAAAGGGUUUGACGGUUUCAUCAAUAAAGC